AUGUAUGUUGAUGACAUACCAAAUGAAUUGCUGUGCUUAGAAAAGCUUGAGCAGAUUCUUCUAGCACAAAGAAUAGUUUUUGAAAAAAUUAUUGUGAUGCCAAAAGGACAGCAGAAAAAAGUAAAAGGAGCAAUAUGUAAUGUGCCUGUUGAAUGUGACCAGUCCUGUAAAAUUUUACCUCGUCCACCAGAAAGAUCUGGUAUCAUUAUGUUGAAGCUAAAAAGGAAGCUUGAAUUUAGGGGUCAUGUUUAUUUCCAGGCAGUACGCCCUCAGUUUGUUUUGAAUGCCUUAAACUGGCUUAAGGUCAACAACCCAUUGUAUCAUAACAUAACAAUUGAUAUUAGCAGUCUUGGAGAUAAUGUGACAAGUCUUCAGCAGCAACAAUGCCAUGAUGAUCUUACAACAAACAAAAAUAAUCUGUCAGAUAACAGGCAACAUCAUGUCUCAGAUCCAAAUGAUCAUGAUGAUGUUGAAGAACAGGAUGACCCAUUAAAUGAGUAUCGCCAAGCACCUAAUGAGACCUGUUUACAAUCUGUAUUACCAGAUUACCCAAUUGCAAUAACACAAAACAGUAAAAAUUGCUCAUUAGGCAAUGAAGUGUAUAACAUUGCACCUGGUGAAAACAAACACCCUGUUUCAUUAAUGAUGGAUAAAAAUUGUGAAGAGCUUGCAUUUCCUGUACUGUUUCCAAAAGGUAGAUUUGGCUUCACACAUGAACGGACAAUUAAAUUGUCACCAGUAAAAUACUUCAAUGCUAGACUUUUACAUUAUAGUGGAAGGUUUGCAACCAACCCGGAAUACCUUUUCUUUGCCCAGUUUAUAACAGAACAAAAGAAAGUAUCUGACAGUAUUAACAUAGCCAUGAAAAAAAUACAAGGACAACCUGUCACUGCAUCUGAAAUAAAAUCAAAUGUAAAUAAAUUAAAAGGGCUGAUUUGUCAAGACCAAGCAUAUUUAUUUUUAAGACAGAUUCCAGGUACACCACCAUAUUGGCAAAAAUUUAUGUAUGAAGUAGUAGCAAUGGUGAAACAAUUAGGCAUCCCAACAUGGUUUAUGACAUUGUCAUGUGCUGAUCUUAGAUGGACAGAAUUAUUUCAAAUUAUUGCUAAAACACAAGGUAAUGACAUCACAGAUGAGGAAAUUCAGGCUUUAUCUUACAACGAUAGAUGUUCAAUGUUGAAUCUUAAUCCUGUUGUUGUUGCAAAACACUUCCAACAUAGAGUUGAAACUUUCUUCACUGAAGUUUUACUUCGUGCAAAUAACCCAAUUGGCAAAAUAAUGUACUAUGCACUUCGUAUUGAGUUCCAAAUGAGAGGAUCACCUCAUUUACAUGCUUUAAUCUGGACCUCUGAUUGCCCUAAGUUAACCUCUGAUAGCAAGGAGGCUUAUAUACAAUUCAUUGAUAAUCAUGUACAUGCCAACCUUCCAGAUAAAAACAUAGAACCAGAGUUACAUGAGUUAGUCAAAACAUAUCAAAAACACAAUCACUCCAAAACUUGCAGAAAAUACAAAAAUGUUAGUUGCAGAUUUAAUUUUGGGCAAUUCUUCACAAACAGAACAAUUGUAGCAGAACCUCUGAGUGAUGAAUUAGAUGAACAAGCGAAAACUAACCUGCUUGAAAGACGAAUGCAAAUCUUAAGUCCAGUCAAACAAAAAAUUGAUGAAGUUCUUAACCCAUCCAAAACAACUUAUGAUGCCUCAUUAAGUGACUCAGAUAUUUUAAAGUCUUUGGAUAUCACUGAAGAGCAAUAUUACUGGGCAUUAUCUAUUUCCCCUGAUUCAGACUUUGAGCUACAUCUUAAAAGACCUGUAGAUAGCUGUUUUAUUAAUAAUUAUUUUGUUGCUGGUAUGAAGGGCUUUGCAGCAAAUGUUGACUUGCAACCUGUAUUCAAUCAUUAUAAAUGUAUAACAUAUGUAUGCUCGUACUUUACUAAAGAUGAGACUGAAUGUUCACAAGCUAUUAUGAAUGCAGCAAAAGAGGCAAAAGCUGCCAAUAUGAGCAUUAGAGAAGGCUUGAAAAAAGUUGGUGCUGCCUUUCUAUCCACCAGAGAAGUGAGCUCACAAGAAUGUGUUUACCGAGCAAUGCCUGAACUUUGGUUGAGGAAAAUAUUUCCAAGAACAGUAUUUGUCAACACAAAUCUCCCAGAACAGAGGGUCCGGAUGACUAAAACUCAGGAAGAACUUGAUGAUCUAGAUGAUGAUAGUACAGAUAUAUUUAAAUCAAAUAUUGUUGAACGUUAUGUCAUUAGACCAACAUCUAUAGCUCUAGUUGAUAGCAUGUGCCUUGCAGAAUUUGCAGCAUACUAUUACAAAGAUUAUAAACUAGACUGUGAAACACAAGAUGGCCAGCCAGAUAUCUUAACAGAUGACAUAAUUGAAAACCAAAGUACAAUCACCAAUAGAGUACAAGCUCUACCAAAAACAAUCAAAUUGCUUAACAAAAAUGAGUACAUGAAACGUCGAAAAGUGAAAGCUGUGUUAAGAUACCAUACACCAAAUAAAAAGAAACAACCAGAAUUAUACUUCCAUCACCUACUUAUGCUAUAUUACCCAUGGCGACAUGAAAAUAAUUUGUUGGCUUCCAACCAAACAUAUACAUCCAAAUUUUAUGAAGCAGAUGUUCAAAAAAUUGUACAACUCAACAGAUCAAUAUUUGAACCUGAUGCAGAUGCCAUUAGCGAAGCAUUUGACAUACUUAAAGCUAACCAAGGCAACCUUGGUCAAUCAUUUGAUGCACUUAAUGAUCAGGAAAAUGCAGAUGUACAAGAUGAGAUGCCAGAUGAUGUAAACCAAGAUGAAUUGUUCAAUGAACAGUUACCAUCACAUCUUGAUCCAGCACAAUGUAAUAAUGAAUCCACACCUGGAGCUAUUGCAACUUAUCACCAACCAACAGAAAUCUCUGAUGAUCUAUUACGUCAAAAUAUCAGAUCACUAAACAAACAACAACGUCUUGCAUAUGAUACAUUCCUCACAUGGUGUCGCAAUAAAAUGAAGAACUUGAACAGUCUAAAACCAGUUGACAUAGAUCCAAUCUAUCUGUUCUUGACUGGAGGUGGUGGUGCCGGAAAAAGUCAUGUCAUUAAAACAAUAUACCAUACAGCAGUUAAGACGUUUAGACACCCUCCUGUUAACCCUGAGUUACCAACUGUAUUGCUAAUGGCACCCACAGGUGUAGCUGCAAUAAAUAUUGAUGGAACAACAAUUAAUACUGGUCUUGCUAUUCCUAAAGAAGCUGGUGAUAUUGUACCACCAUUGUCUGACCAAAGAAAGACCCAAUUAAGAUUAACAUUGUCAGAGUUAAAGCUUAUUGUUGUUGAUGAAAUUUCUAUGGAAUCUCUAUCAUAG